AUGCGUGUUCGAAUAGACGAAACCCGAGCAGAAAGGUUCGUGGUUCUUACGGAGGGGCUUAUUACUAAUGUACCGUAUCUGAGCAUCUACGGAGUAGUCAGGGACAUGAUGGAGCUGAUAGUUGUUCAGCUCUACGCUACGAGAGCCGCUAUUAGUCCUAUGUUGUGCCUUAGGUGUCAUGAAGUGUCAUGGAGCCACACAAGUAAAAAAGUCAUGAAGUCAUGGAACAGAACCCAUAGGGCUGUGGUGGCGCAGUACCGAGGCUCGUGGGGUGGUGUGGCUGAGGGCACGCCGUACUCGGUACAUGCCCACCUCCCACUCGGACGACGUGCAGUACAGCGAGGCGUCCAAGCAUCCGAGACUCGAUGCCGCGAUGCAAACCCCGCGAUUAUCAGAUACGAUGAUGACUGGGAGGUUAAGAAUUCCCGAGACUCCAGGCUUGUCGAGACGGACUGUGGGUAUGUGAUCUAG